UUGUUCCGCGCCCGCCGCCCGCGGUGGACGUAACUUGCGGAGCGUUGUAAUUUGACAAAAGUUUAACCCAGUGCGAGCUUGUGCCAUUUCGUAAUGACUGUUAUAGAGGGCAGCGUGAUGCGAGCGCCGGGCGCGGCCGGGGCGGGCGUGGCGCGCUGGGCGGCGAGCGCGCCGGCGCCGCUCACCGACUACGCGGGCCGCGCGCCGCCCGUGCACGCCUACCCCGUGUUCCCCUACGACCACCAGAUCAACGAGCGCCUGGCCAUCUGGCAGGGGGACAUCUCGACGCUGGAGGUGGACGCCAUCACCAACACCACAGACGAGACGCUGAUGGAGAGCAACAUCGUCAGCGAGCGCAUCAUGCAGUGCGCGGGGCCGGACCUCAAAGAGGAGAUCAUCACCAGAGGACUAGAGUGCCGCACGGGCGAGGCGGUGGUGACGCGCGGCUUCGCGCUGCGCUGCCGACACGUGGUGCACACCGUCAGCCCCAAGUACGUGGCCAAGUACCACAGCGCCGCCGAGAGCUCGCUGCACAACUGCUACAAGAACGUGUUGCACCUGGCGCGCGAGGCGGGCGCGCGCUCGCUGGCGCUGUGCGUGGUGAGCGCGCCGCGCAGGAACUUCCCGCCCGAUGUCGCCGCGCACGUGCUGCUGCGCACCGUGCGGCGCUACCUGGAGCAGCACUCGCAGCCGCAGCUGGUGGUGGUGAGCAGCGCGUGCGGCGCCGAGCUGGGCCCGCUGCUGGCGCUGGCGCCGCUGUACUUCCCGCGCAGCCCGCGCGAGGCGGACGCGGCGCGCUGGCGGCUGCGCGACGAGGGCGGGCCCGAGGGCGAGCCCGUGCACCCCGAGCGGAGGAUACGCAUCAUCCACAACCCGCACUCGCACAGCGCCGACACAGCGGAGGACGACACAUCGCUCUGCGACGAAGACGCCGCAGUGGAGGCGGCGGCGGCCUUCGCGCGCGCCUGCUCGCCCGACACGCAACUGCUGCUCCCCCCCACCGCGCCCGCGCCGCACGUCGCGCGCCGGACCUACGACACCGACCAAUACGAGCGGCUGCUGCGGCGCGCGCGCAGCGAGGACCUGAGCUCGGUGUCGGGCAUCGGCUGCCUGUACCAGAGCGGCGUGGACCGGCUCGGCCGCCCCGUCGUCGUGUUCAUCGGCAAGUGGUUCCCCAUCGCUGACAUCGACUUGGACAAGGCGCUGCUGUACCUCAUCAAGCUGCUGGACCCCAUCGUGCGCGGCGACUACGUCAUCGCCUACUUCCACACGCUGGCCGCCUCCAACAACCACCCGCCCUUCAGCUGGCUCAAGGAGGUCUACACCGUGCUGCCUUACAAAUAUAAGAAAAACUUAAAAGCAUUCUACAUAGUACACCCAACGUUUUGGACAAAAAUGAUGACGUGGUGGUUCACGACGUUCAUGGCGCCCGCGAUCAAGGCGAAGGUGCACACGCUGCCCGGCGUCGAGUACCUCUACUCCGUCAUGGCGCGCGACCAGCUCGAGGUGCCCGCCUUCGUCACCGAGUACGACAUGACGAUAAAUGGUCUACACUACUUCCAGCCAGACACGAACAGUACGUAGGCCGCUCCGCGACGCCAUCUUUGUUUCUACGCUCUAUGGUUAUUUUAUACUGUAAGACACAUUACACCACUCUGGAUCUACAUCCGAUAGUAUUAAGUUUUAGUUAGAUUAUAUAUAUUUGUGAUUAUUUUUAAUUUUGUAUCGGAAUUUAUUCGCGCAUAUUCUCGACCUUAUUCGAUUGAAAUAAAAUUGUAAAUUUUUUGUCAAAUAGACGGAAAUGAAAGUGGAAAUGUAUUCAGAACUGUAUUCGCAUUAGAUUAAGAACAGUAUUUAAUUGUCGAUUACACGUACGUGUUGUGAGGGACUGCGUUGUCUACUAGAACGGUUGUGCUACAUUUGCGACCGGAGGCAAUGUCAUGGAUAAUUCUUUCGAGACGCCUUCAAUCGGCGAACAUACACGAGACAUGAGACAAUAACGAGGCAAUUGUGAUUGAAUAGGUUUCCCAUUCGGUCACGACCUGUCACAAACGCAAUCUCUGAGCGGCCGGACUUUAUUCCAUGUCACUUGUGAGCAGUCGACCUAGUAGUGUGCACAGAAGUAGUGGUGCCGGGCGUCGUCCCUUGCAGCGCCGCGUGAGGAGCUUCCGGCGGCACUUGAGCGUGUCGGUGAAGGAGCUGUCGGCGCACCGUUUACUGAACGGCGGUCGUCGGGAUUUAAUUACUGUUGCGGCCUAGGGAACUGGUGCGUUUAAAUCAUCCGAAUUGUGUAAUUUAAUUUUUAUUAAUGAAUAUUAUUUUGAAAAAAUAAUAUUCAUUAAUAAAAAUUAAAUAUAAUAAUAAUUCAUUUAGUUUUUUUGCAAUUGUCCAUAAAAAUCCUUUUUGAAUGGCCCACUACAGCACCAGGCCUCUCUCCUUACAGGAGAGGGAUUUGGAGCUCAGACCCGACAUGCUGCUCCAAUACGCGUCGCCGGGCUCGUAUUUGAAAGUCAAAUUUGCCAGUUAAUUCUACCGCCGAUCAUAAAUACGUCGUAGCUUCGGUGUGGCGUUUACUACAAAUCUUGUUGAUCCAAAAUGUUUAAACGCACGUACAGUAACUUUGUAUCUGUGCGCGUGCGGGAGCGUGUGCGGAUGCGGUGCGGAUGCGGUGCGGUGCGGGUGCGGCGCACAGUACGCGCGCGGCGAGCGCCGGCGCCGCUAGACGAGCUUAACAUUCUACUUGACGUUGUGUGCUUUUGUCCAAACGCAAUACGCAGUAUAUCGUGUAGGUGAUGUUAUGUGGCGGCGUAUCACGCCAUUGUUGCGUUAUUGUAAUCAUUACUGUAAAAUAUAGUAUGUGUGCUUUCUGUACUACUUCGGUACUACUGUCCGAGUUGUGAACCCACAGUCCCUUAAGAUAAAUUUCAGUACUGAUACUAGUAAGACAUCGUCUAGAAGAUCGCGCAUUGAAUUUCAUGAAAAAAUUAGCUAAACUCCAGGUCGACAUAAAUGAGCGAUCGUGGCAAUCUGUGACUCACAAAUUGCCACGUUCGAUAGCCCACUUACCUUUAUUGAAUUAUACCUUUCGCUUUAUACCUUUUUUAAUUUCCCCGCAGCUGUCAAUGUGUCGCACUGUCGGUGUAUCGAGGUUGUGCAGAAGGCGCGCCCUGACAUUGUUAUAGUUGUAUUGUAAUUAGUAUUAGCGGUGCAUUUUAUAUUCUGUAAGUGAAUGAAGAGUGAAUGAUACGAAAUUGGGUACACAACUCACUCAAUUUUAGUAAAUUGACGAUUGUAACACUAACACUUCCUCUGUAGACACAUUUCAGACAAUUAAAUAAAAUAUGAUUUACAAUAAAACCCAUGAAGAGAAACGUGGAAAAGAUACGUAAAACAAAGUAAAUAUUAAAUGAUGAAAGUGUGCAUAAUGUUUGUCACCAUUUGUGCACGUGUCCAUUUGUGCACAAAGUUGUUUAUGUAAAACCAAAUUGACAGUGUUCUUAAUUUGUAAAAUGUAAUGACAAAAAACAAUGGAUUUAAGUUCAGAGUUCUUUUCCAUUCAUCCAUUUCAGUUCAGUUCCAAACCAGUAUAAUCCUCAAAUCCUUCUAACAUCAACACAAUAUUUUAGCGUGAUUUUUAUUUAAAAAUGUUAAAAGCAACUCGUCCAUAAGUCCGAAACAUAUCGAAAAGUCUGCUUUGAACUGAAGAAUUUAUAAAUCGACUAAUAUUUUCGUGAAUGAUAUAUUAACAAAGAAAACUAAAGUAGUAUCACACUUGAAGGUACUGCUUAAACCUUAAACCUAAAAACCCGCCCUUAAAGUUAUAGAUACAAACUCACCAAACAUAACACUUCUCUUUUUGCAUCAUCGAUUAUCAUUAUCUACUUAUAGAAAUAUCUAUAAAUCGUCAUAAAUCGACUGCACCAGCCACACCUGCUGUAGCGACUGCACCGGCUACACCUGCUGUAGCGACUGCACCGGCUACACCUGCUGUAGCGACUGCACCGGCUACACCUGCUGUAGCGACUGCACCGGCUACACCUGCUGUAGCGACUGUACCAGCUGUAGGAGUGCUUUGGCUCAUCCGUUGCAAGCCAUCUCUCCUGCCACAGGUUAAAACAUCGCUUUAUGCAAUACGUAAACAUUGGUACUAUACACUUAGGUGAAGUGAUAUCUAUAUAAUAUCGCGUUAUAGCUGCCGCUGCACUUUACGGGAAUCCACGAAAGAGAACUCAUUUCGCCAUUAUACGUACCUGUACAAAUUCGUGGUUUUAUGUACAAAAAGCAUGACACCAGUCAUUAACUAUCCUGAAGAUAUUUACUUGGGCUAUGCGACUAGACGUUUAACGUAAAUCGCAGACGCAAUCUCAAUCGCAGGCGACAGUCGCGCACUUCUCAGGACACAAUAUUUUUCUAAAUCAUAUUAAUAUUUUCUGUAAUAUUAGUAAAUGGAUAUCAAAUGUGCCACAAACUAUUCGGACCAAUUCUUGUUUACGCUGUUUUUUGACUAAACUAAUUUGACACAACCAGGCGAGCAGGGGGGCACCGCAUCAAAUGAAUCGAAACAGUCGCAUGAACAAUACUCAGUUGUUUCCAUUUAUUUGAUGAGAAGUAUAUUCUCGUCCUUGUUUACGUGAGCGAUGCGAAACGGAUGAAGUCUUUUUAACCGACUUCGGGGGAAAGGAGGAGGUUCUCAAUUCGACGCGUAUGUUUUUUUUGAUGAAAGCAGAAAAAUUAAAAUACUUAUAUUUAACAAAAAAACUGAACCGACUUAAAAUCACAAAAAUAAACUAAAAAGCGAAAAAUAACGUCGCAUGUGCUACCUUUUGAUCACUUUGAAGGCGGUGCCAACACAGUGAUGCAUUAAUAAAGCCGAUUAAAUUAUAAACUUUUAGGAUUUAAAGACUGUUCUGUCCCGUGGUUCUUUCAGAAACGGCUUUAAUUAAUACGUCACUGGCUUGGCACCGCCUUCAAAGUGAUCAAAAGGUAGCACAUGCGAUGUUAUUUUUCGCUUUUUAAUUUAUUUUUGUGAUUUUGAAGUCGGUUCAAUUUUUUUGUUAAGUACCUAUAUUUUAUUCUGUUCGAUUUAUUAAGCAUUUACACAUUAGCGUUUUAAUUAAUUCUGUGGUAAUUAAGUAAGUGAACCUCAGUUGUAACAAUUUUAGUUUAGUGAAAACUAGGUGUAAAUAGUACAGAUUUGGAGUAAAAAAACCUGUAAGUAGUUAUUUACGUGUCUGUACUGCGUGUGCGCAGUUUUGUGUUACAAGGUUCAUAUGAGAGUAUUAAGUGUUGAACACUGAUGUUAUGUAAUUGUUAAGAUUUUUAAUACAUUUUUAAAUAUUAAGAUCUUUCCAUAAUAAAAAUCAAGUUUUAAGAAUAGAUGACCACAAUACAAGCAAGAUUUAUUUUAAUAUUGAAAUUAAAAUCUAAGACAUUAACAAGGAUACCUAUCUACGCAUAAUUAUAAAAAAAAAUAAUGGUGCUAAUUCUGUUGUACUUAUGCAAUCUCCAAAUUAACAAAAUAUAAUUUACUGCCCAAGGUUGAUGCCAUCACUUUCACUAUGUCCUAAAAAGUGAAAGAAAAUAAGUAACAACAUUCUUCUAGAAAGUAAUCAUUGUAAGCUGAUUCAAUUUAAUGAAGUACCUACAUAUUACAGAGUAUCUUAAAAUGAUGUUCUACAGGAAAUCUGGGAAAUAUGACUACAUGAACUACAUGACUCGAGAUUGUUUAACCAUCGGUAGGGAGCAACGCAACAAACUUAACUCGAGUACAUCGAGUCGUAUUUAAAGUCGUACGAUAGUACCUCAAUGACAUUAAAUUGUAGAUGAGAAUGUCCUCUACUUUUUUUAUCAAAUAAACUUUAAUGUAAAACUCGUAAUUUAGGAGAACGACGGAAUCCAAAAUCUUUUGAGUUUCUGAGCCACUUGGCGUUCGAUGUAUUCAAGUUAAGCCUGUUGUGUUGCUCCCUACCGAUGGUUAAAACAUCUCGAAUCAUGUAAUUUUGUACAAAUCUUAUACGAUUUUUUCUAGAUUUCCUGUACUAUUCUAGGUCUUGUUGAAAAUCCCUAAACACUCGUUCACGUUUUCGUGUUUAGAAAAUAAUUGUUGCAUUAUUGAGAUUUCAAAAUAAGCUUUCCUUGUUUUCCUUGUAAGGUCAUACCAGUCGUAGAGUUUACUAUUCCACAAAGCAUUAGAUGUGUGACUUUGUGCUACUUUGUAUUUUGUCCACAAGUCAGUGGGUGUCACAGUUGAACACAACAGGGGCAGACGUUACUUUGCAGAAGUCACAAAGUCCUCCUUUAAGUGGGUACCAUGUGGGUAUGUUUUCCAAUUGAAUAACAACUCUACAGUGUACUUAUUGAUUUUUUUAACUUACUAUCAACGUCAUUAUCUAAAUUCCUGAAGGUCUAUUUUGGUACGUCUGCUUCACGUAAUAAAUGUAACAGCCUUAGGUUACUGUAAGGUUGGUAAUCACAUUCAAUUAUGUAAUUUGUUCUGCUAAUAUUGACAAGCUAAUUAGGAUUGUCAUUGAAAGAACCCACGAGUAGUAAAUACUGAUGUACUACUUACCUGUACUGGAGGAGUACUGUUUACUUACAAACAAAUUAGAAAUGAGGGUAGAAAACGGGUGUCAUUUCAUAACGUUUUCAUUUAAAAUUAUGUAUUGUUUUUACAUAAAAUUAUUCAAAAUAUAUUAACUCUAUCUAAUUGUUUUAGGCUUAAUAAUCAAAUUUAUUUUCAUUAAUUUAAGAACAAGUUAAUUAUAAUUAUUAUAAGUGUGUGAAAUGACUAGCGAUUUAUACCCUCAUUUUUAAUUUUUUUGUUGGUAAACAGUAUUCCUCGAGUAUGGUUUUAGUAUAGGUACUUAUUCAAAUCAGUAGACAUAUUUACCUACUUACAUGGACCUUUAUACUUUAUUAACAUUUAUAUAAAUCUAUUUAAUACGAAAACACACAUACUUACGCGUGUCUAUGGCUAGGCAAUUGUUAAAUGAUAAACUCUAGUAUCGGGGAGCCUGACAUGUUAUGUAUAAAAGUUGCAUAACUGAUUUAGUUUGCCAACCUUACAGUGGCUGAGAUUUCUGUAGUUGAGAGUAAGUUGUAGUCGACAGAACUGUUUGUAUAUUGUAAUGCUAAUGUAUAGUUAUUUGAACAAUGUGAUGCGGUAUAAAUUGGUUAUGUUUCAUAUUUUAUAAUGAAAUUGUAUAAGCUAUGUAAAUAUUUAACAAAAACACAAAAUAAAAUUAUUAAUUUACUAAAAAUAUAA